AUGGGGAGCGCGGUGGCGGAGGGGCGCCUGGAGUCGAUGCAGGUGUACAAACUCCUGCAGUACGUCCGCGAGCGCGACAAGCCGCAGAUCGAGAAGAUGGUCCGCCUGGGCGUCCCCAACCUGAUCAACCUCUCCGAGCCCAAGGAGGGACUCACUGCCCUGCACCAGGCGUCGAUGGCGAACGACGGCGACAUGGUCCGGUUCCUCCUCUCCGUGGGCGCCUUCCCCGACUCGCAGGACAAGACAGGGCGAACCCCGGUGAUGCUGGCCACCCAGCUCGGUCUCUACGACAUUGUCGAGCUCCUGGCCAGCAAGGGCGCGGACAUGAAGGUGGUGGACGCGGAGGGCAGAGGGGUUCUGUUCUACUGCAUCCAACCCACGGAAGCACACCUGCGCUGCCAGGAGGUGGCGCUGAGGAACGGGGCGGACGCCAACAACGCGUCCUUCACAGGGAAGCCCGUGCUGGUUCAGGCCUGCGAGCAGGCGGAUGACUGUGAGACCAUGUGCCUUCACCUCCUGGAGAAAGGGGCCGACCCCGACAACGUGGACGAGGAGACAGGCCAUACAGCCCUGAUGGAGGCGGCCAGGGUAGGGGCCCUGAACGUGGUGCGGGAGAUCCUCCAGGAUUACGGCAAAGUCAACGAUCUCGACCACAACAAGUGCCACGCCACCCAUUUCGCCGCAGAGGGGGGCUUCCUGGAGGUGCUCCAGCUGCUGUCUGCGUAUUCAGCUGAUCCGGGCACAGUUUCAGCAGACGGGAGCACACCACUGCACUAUGCGGCAGCGGGAGGCUUUGCUGACUGCUGCAGGUUUCUUGCCCAGAGAGGCUGCAACCCCAAGCUGAAGAACGCGGAAGGACUGGUCGCGCGGCAGAUCGCCAAAAACUGCGGCCACAAGGCGGCGCUGAAGGAGCUGAAGAAGGCGGAGACUCUGCAGUCGAAGCUGGAGGCCGGGGAGGCCAACCCCAACCAGCCCUGGGCCCUGACGCUCCAUGACUGGUCCGUGGAGCACGAGGCCAAACUCCGCGCCGCCUUCGCGAUGGAGGCCGACGAGGACGACGAGGGCCAGUGCUCCUCGGAUCUCAUCUCCAAGAACACCUUCCUGUCCGUGCUGGAGGAGAACGGGGCACCGGCCGAGCCCGAGCAGCUCGAGAAGAUCUUCGCUGCCCACGACAAAAAGCGUGAGGGCCGGAUGAACGUCAACGACUUCUUCAAGGGCCUGGAGUACCUGCAGAAGGCCUAUGUGGCCUCGUCCUAUCUCCCGAAGAAGAAGAAGAAGGCCGGCAAGGGCGGGAAGGGGAAGAAGAAAGGGAAGUUCGUCCUGCCCCUACCCAUCUGUAUGGUCCCGCCCGACCACAUCCAUCGCCGUGACGACGGGGGCCCGCCGCACUACAUGAUCGAACGGCACCUCCCCUUCACGGACACCAACCGCUUCGACCGCGACCAGCCACCUGGGCACCCCAUUGAGGAUGACUCGGCCUGGUACCUGGACGAGCCCGAGACGGCCUUCAUCAACAUCAACCACUGCGUGAAGAAGGGGGACCUGGAGUCUCUGAGCCUGGCCUUUAGCCACCGCGUGCCCGUGGACGUUACCGACCGCUACUACAAGACACCCCUCAUGACCGCCUGCAUUAGCGGAAACUACGAGGUCGCCAAGUUCCUCAUUGGCCAGGGGGCCGACGUGAACGCCAGUGACCAGUUCAGCUGGACCCCCCUGCACCACGCCUGUCAGGCAGGCCAGGCGGACAUUGUGGACCUGCUGGUGCGGGCAGGGGCAGAGCUGGACCCGGUCGCCAUGAACGGGUCCACCCCGCUCAUGAGAGCCAUUGAGAGCUGCCGGCUUGGCUGUGUGGAGCACCUCCUCAACGCCGGUGCUGACAUGGGCAUGAUGAAUAAGAAAGAGCAAAAUUGCAUGGACAUUGCCAAAGCUUACGGGGACUUGAGGAUAAUUAACUUGAUCCAAGAGAUGAUUGAUUCCCCAGUGGAAAGCAAGGAGAUCAAGAGACAAAAGUCUUCCAGCCCCCAGGAACAAUCAAAAACCGAAGAUGAGGUCACAGAUGAGGUUCCAGAGGAACCCCCUUCCCCCUCCCCCGUGCCCCCACUGAAGCUACCUCUGAGGGACAGCGUCGUAUUCCAAAACUCUCGGAUCAACAGCGGUGCCGCCAGCAAAGUCAACAUCACCUACGUUCCGAAAAACAUCUGGAGCACACAGCCAACCAGAGGUCCUCUCAUUCCAAAGACAGAGGAGCCGAGGGUGAGAGUCUCUGACAGCGUGGACACGGAGGACGUCACAGUGCCUGCGGACAGCCUGGACGAGUAG